GUGUUUCUUCGGAGCUUUUAAAAACAUGAGUAUAAUUUUGGCGGAGUAAUUUCUUUGAAUCACGACAAUCAGUGUAUAGAAUAUUAAUUUUUUGAGCUAUGAAAUUGUUCUGGGCGCUCCUCCUGCUUAUAUCGAGUGUGAGCCGAACAAAUGCUCGAUGUCUAGAAUCCAUUCACCUGGAACAUGGUUCGAUGGAAAUAGUUAAUGGAUCCAUUGUUUUUCAUUGCGAUCAAGGAUAUUUCCUACAAGGAUCGAAGGUGUUCACCUGCGAUCGCGGUAUUCCUCGAGGGAAAAAACCAUUUUGUGCUAAGAACGGUUGCCAGGAAUACGAGCAAAUUGAGAACGGAUUUGUUUUGAGUUCCCCUAUGAAAGCCAAAAUCACAUGUUUGGAUGGCUAUGGGUUGGUUGGAAAUCGCAUUGCCUACUGCGAUGGCAAGAAGUGGAGCACCCAGUUGGGAACCUGUGGGUUGAGAAGCCAGACAUGGAAUGUCUCCUGUGAUUUUGAGAGCGAGGAUAUGUGCGGUUGGACGGCGGAGCAGAGCUUCUGGGGAACCUGGAAACGGGUCAGUGCCGUGGCCGAUUUUCACUCGGAAAGCACGGGUCCCCAAAUGGAUCACACAUUCCAAAGCCACUCCGACGGACACUACGUGCGCAUGGAGACGGAGAGCGAUGCCUUUGGGAGCUACCACUUCCUGUCGCCAUUUUAUCCCAAGGAGCUAAGUUUCUCUACCGCCUGCUUUCAGUUCCACUACUUCAUGUUCGGCAGUGGAGUGGGUAGUCUGUUGGUGUCCAUCAAACCCGGUUCGGUGACCAUGGAAAGCAUGUUUAAUACGAACAACUUCAUUAAAUUCGAGAAGACUGGAUCGCAAGGCGCCAGGUGGCUGGAACACACGAUCGCCAUCGAUAAGAUGGAUGAGGACUUCCAAGUGGUAUUCACCGCCACGGAUGCGAGGUCCCAAUACGGAGACAUUGCCAUCGACGACGUGAAGCUGAUGAAUAUUGCGGAAUGUCCUGAUAGUGUGCUGACCAUCGCCACAGAAUCACCAGAAGAACCAGCCAGAGAAUCGGAUAUCGGAGAAGAUUCACUGGGCUACCAAAUGGCGGACUGCACUGGUCGUUGUGGCCAAGUGGCUGUUCCAGGAAGGUACCUCAACGAAGGCUGUGGAUGCCAGGAAUCGUGUCUGGUGAACGGCAAUUGUUGCCUAAAUUAUAUCAUGACCUGUCAAACUGAUCUGUUUAUAGCUCCGUAUAAUGAGAGCGCCUUCUGGAGGCUUUGGAAUCUUUGGAGCAGUGACAGUAAGGUGGCUGUCGCACCAAAAUAACUUAA